UCAAAGAAAGGUGCAUAGCCAAAGUUUGCUCAUGCGAUAUUCAUACAAUUAACAUGAAAGCAUCUUGCCCCGUGUGACAGAUAAGUCGACGUUCAAGUUCAUACACCAUGUUCCAGCCGUUAAUCCAACGGAAAAAGGAGGAGUGUCUCUUUGGGCGCAGUUUUUAUUCGAUCGAUGGAUCGGAAGCUCCAUCGAUUGAAUAAUAUUGAUGUUUUGAAAGAAGGUUCGAAAUAUCGAUCUGAUGUCUAUGAAAGGGAUACUUCUAGCAAUUAAAUCAAUGUGAGUUCCGUUUCCUGGAAGAACUAAUCGGAUGAAAUCGACGUUCCAGUAUGUAUGAUAAUAUCUUUUAAACAAGAAAUAUAAAAAAAAAAUCUUUGUACAUGCAUAUGUAUGUGUUUAAUAAAGAGAAAAAGAGAGAAAGAAAGAGAGAGAGAGAGAGAGCGAGAGAAAAGACCAGCGCAUAAUCUUGCGGCAAAUUCAAUAUGCCUUUUAACAUUGACCGAGACGCGAACGGGAACGUUUAACGUGCAAAAUGAAAAUGAUCCGACGCGGUAAUUUCGAGAGGAAAGUUUUAAAAAAAAAAGAAAAAAACGAAUAAAAAAGGAACAAUAAGAAAAAGCUAUUGGGAUAAAACGUGUUUAAGAAUCCUUUCUUUUAAAUAGAAGUAAAAGGUAAGCAUGCAAAAUAGACACGUUUUAAUUGGGCCCGGAAUGCAUUACGUGCAAAACCGCUUAUCUCGUUGCACGUGCUUAAAACUGAACAUUGAGUGCUCCAUAUCGAGAACGCUACUGUUUGGAUAGUCUCGUUCGAAACAGGUGCGUCGCCGUUUGCCCACGCUCUGAUUUACUCAACGGAAAAAAUGUUUCUUUCUAUCUUUCAAAAUAUUCUUUUUAUGCUUUUAUAUGUGUGAUUGUGUUUGUGGGUCUCUCUCUGAUUCUCUCUGUCCCUUUCUGUCUCGUUCUGUUUUUAUCUCGCUCACUCAUUUUUUCAUCCGCUUUCUCUAUCUCUCUUUUCUUUAAAAAAAAGUAUGAGAGUUCCUGCCAAUACAACGUCGGUGUCUAAGAAUACGCAUUACUCGUAACAUUUAGCCACGGGAACGCGUUCCACACGAUGUAGAACUUUCUGGAUAAAUCUUCUUGUGUCAGAGAGAAAGAGAGAGAGAGAGGGGGAGGAAGAGAAAGAGAGGGAGGACAAGAGAGAGAGAGAGAGAGAGAGAGAGAAAGCUUCUUAUCAUCAAAAAAUGAAAAAAACAUACUAUCUUGCCCCGUGAUUCUUUUUAUUGGCUGGUAAAAGAGAAGCCAUCGUUGAGGAUUAUUUCGCGAGAGAGUAAGAAACCAAGUAGAAAAAAAAGAAAAAUAGAAGGAAAGAAAUACAGAAGUAUGAGGAAGGACAAGAAAAAAGUAGAAGGAAAAGAUCUUAUCGUAAAAGAAAAAGAGAGAGAGAGACAGAGAUAGAGAAAGAAUACUUUCCAGUACGCUUUGGAAGAGUAACGAAGUAAAUAUGGCAUGGCGCUUUAAGCGUCAAGUAAGCCGUGUAAAACGUGUAAGUAAGAGUGAAAGAGAAAGAGAGAGGAAGACCAACCACUGGCAACGUGGGUCCUGUAAUUUGUCUUUCGACGAGUCUGCUCUUUGGACGUCGUCGUGAUGUGGUAGAAAAAAAGAACGACCGAGCAAGAUUUUCGAGAAGCUUACAAAUUAUAAUAUUUGACCGUGACACACGGGUCUGAUCGUCGUAUGGCUAUUUUUGGCUCUUCUUCAAUAUCGGUAGAAUUAUGGCCAUCACCUUAAGGAUGAGAGAUCAUUGACUAGGGAUCCGAUGACCAGGAUAACGCGUUGCAGUCAUCUUCUUAUAACGAGGAAAUUUUUGUUACGAUCGCUUACUCCUCACGUUUCAUUUCUUUUUCCUUUUUUCUUUUAUUCUUUUCUUCUUUUAUUUAUUUCAUUGUUUUCUUAUCUUUUCUUUUUCUUUUAUUUUUCUUUUUACUUUUCUCAUCAUAAGAAAGCACUUUUCAACAAAUGGAUACGAUCGAAUCAUCCUGUCUGCUUUCCUCUCGAUCCGGAAACGUUGAUGUAAUCUCUGGAUCUACGUUUUAGCUCACGGCUCGUGGAUUAUGGGACUAAAAUUAGUGAAUGUUUAUCCGAAUAAGAUUCGAGCAACGAGUACUAUGUUUGUUGGAAGACUUCGUUGGUAUAGAAAAAUGAAAAUCUGAAGUAUACCAACCAUUCGAAAUUUAUAAAAAGCUAAAUGAAAACAAAAACAACAUGUGAGUUCGAACGCCGUUAAGAAGUUUCAUUGGGAGAUAUAAGAUGAUUGAUGAGUUUAUCCUUCGUUGGAAGAAUUCGUUGGAAUAAAAAAAAAAAAGAAAAAAAACAGAGAGAAAGAGAGAGAGAGAGAGAGAGGAAAGAAAAAGAAAAAUUAAUAUUUGAACCAUAAAAGAUGCUUAGCUGAGCACAUUUUGUUGAAGCAAAAGAGGAAAACGAUUUCGAUCGACGUUAGGAAAUCUCGUUGCAGAAAAUAUGAAGAUCAACGGGGGUCAUCUUUCGUCAACGUAGCAGCAGAGCAACAAGCUCUGGAACAAAUUAUCGACGUACCGACUGAGAUGGAAUUAACUGCGCCAAGUUAAAUUGCUGCAUUCCUAGAAGUCAUUCGAACGUGCAUAUUUCCUCUUCGUAUCGGGAUUGAAAACUUUUUUUCGAAUAAUUUGUAAAAUCUUGUUCAUUAAGAUAUUGGGAGAGAAAGAGAGAGAGAAAGAGAAAAAGAGAGAGAGAGAGAGAGAGAGAAAGAGCGAGAAAGAGGGAGGGAGGGAAAUCGAUAAAAGGGAAGAUCGAUCUAUCUCUUCGUCUUCGACAUGAAAGGAAAAAUGAAGGCGCAAGCAUAUUUAUAGUCGUGUUAUAGGCAUUACACCAUGAUAAUCGAAUAAAGCGCAGAGAUAACUUCCGUUUUUUGCUACCUCCAUUCAUAGUGUCAACGACUCGAUGACACGAUUCAUUAGGAUCAUUAAUGUCGGGUCAGCGUCGCCCUGCGCAAAGGCAAGGAUCGAUGGAUAUGGACGUGGAAUAACUCGCACACGGCCGAACCAUAAUUAUGCCAAGGUGAAAAAAGUUUAGCGUUAGUCGUAUGCGAAAAUAGGUAUGUUGUCUCACUCGAUCGAAACGAUCAAUUAGAUAGUCGUUAAGAGGAGAGAACAAAGAAAAAAAGAAAACAAAAAAUAAAAGGAAAAAAAAGAAAAAGAAAGAAAAUAACUAAACAAUUGACAGAACAUUGUCAUGGAUUUGAAGAUAAUCUCGAAAUCUCGAGCAUGUCCUACUUCUUUGUUCCCUCUCAUAUCAAAUCCAAGUAGCUCGGGAAACAAGGAACAGUAUGACACUCUUUGCUCCAGUUCUUUUAUGGUGGUUUUUUUUGUUUCUUUCUUUCUUUUCUUUUUUCUUUUCUCUUUCUCUGCCCCCUCCCUUUUUUAUUCUCUUUCUUUCUCGAGAUUCGAGACUGUUAUUUAUUAAGCCAUAGAGAAAUAAGCGCCGUAUAGUCCAGCUCUCUAAUGGCAUCUCGAGAAGGACUUAUCGCCGGAAUCCGUUCUACGUCCACUCGACCGGCCGGUCGUGGUUUAAUAUUAGAGUAUGAGCGAUCUGUUAAAAAUACUUCUUCGAUGCGAAAUUCUGAAAAUCGCGAAUUCCGAUUAACUCUUUACGAUCGCGACCUGAAAAUCUGGUUCGAAGCCUUCGUCUCUUCGGACCACCCCGUGAGUUGACUUUUCGAAAUUAGCGAAUUUGAUAAAGAACUCGAUGACUCCUUAAUCUAUAAUUUAGAGAUUGUUAGUGCAAACAUUCAUUCGUUUUUCUACUUGAAAAAGGAAAUAUACGAACGAAGUCAUUCUUCUCCGAUGCGUUCCUAUUUCUCUCUCUCUCUCUCUCUCUCUCUCUUUCUCUCUCUCUCUCUCUCUCUCUCUCUCUCUCUCUCUCUCUCUCUCUCUCUCUUUGUCUAUUUCUUCUCUCGAACGGGAGUAGGUCUAGCGCUGUUUAAUGUCAUUAAUAAAGUUGCAUCAGCAUCGAACGCACGGUGAUACAUCGAACAGAAGGAGUGGCUCGAAUAAAUGGAUCGAUGCGAUGGAUGCGCGAAAGAUAAACGCGUUAUAAGGAAGUUUCUCAUCCGAAAAGUGCAAUAUUAUGGGCAAUUGCCUUAGACCGAGGGAUCCCUUAGAGGAUAUUCUUCCGAAAGAGACCGGAAUUGAUGCAUCGGCUGUUAGAGAGGCUAAUUUACCAAUGAUAUGCCUGAUCGGUGGACCAGGUUCAGGAAAGUCUACCCAAUCGAAAAAAGUGUUAGAAAAAUUUCACUGGCUAAUUAUAUCAAGUUCUGAAAUACUUCGCGACGAGGUUCACACGAGAUCAGUAAAAGGAGUCGUUUUAGCGAGAUAUAUGUCUCAAGGUCGAUUAGUACCAGCCGACGUUUUAAUAGAACUAAUUAAAACGAAGAUGCUAAAGCAUUUUAACACAGCAAAAGGAUUUUUUCUAACGGGAUUCCCGCGUGAAAAGGAGCAGGGAAAAAUGUUUGAAAGACAGGUGAAACCAUUCGAUCUGUUGAUCUAUUUAUCAGCGAGGAAUUCAGUACUACGUGACAGAGCAAUGGCUAAGGCAGUAACGAUGACUGAAAGACUCGAGGAGAGCGAGGAGAAGCUUAAAGAACGCAUAAGAAUUUUUCACAAGAUGAAUAAACCCAUAUUACGUCAUUACAAGAAAAAACUCGUUGUGAUAAAUGCCGAGAAUGAUGAUGAAAACGUAUUCGCAGACAUCUGUCGAGAGAUGGAGAAUAUCUUAAAAAAAAUAUCAGCACAAACGUCAUCGUGAAUCGCUAUUUCGUAUUAUCUCGUAAUUAUUAUGUUGUGUAUAGUUUUUCCGAAAAACAAAAGAAAGUAUUAUAUAAAAUUUGAAGAACAAAAAAGAAAAGAAAAAGAAAAAGAAUAAGAGAGAGAAAGAGAGAGAGAGAAUAAGUAGAUUUCGAAGGACGAUCGGCUAUCGAAAUUAUAGGCAACAUUUUUCUUCGCUGGUAUAUUAUAGAAGGAACAUAA